AUGAGCUCGCCGGCGAUGGUGGCGGCGCUGUUGGUGGAGGGGCUGGCGUGGUGGAUCCCUGUAAGAUUCCCGGAGAUGUCGGACUCCGAGGAGCACCACUUUGAGUCCAAGGCCGACGCCGGCGCCUCCAAGACCUAUCCGCAGCAGGCCGGCACCAUCCGCAAGAACGGCUACAUCGUCAUCAAGGGCCGUCCCUGCAAGGUUGUUGAGGUCUCCACUUCCAAGACUGGGAAGCAUGGCCAUGCCAAGUGCCACUUUGUUGGCAUUGACAUUUUCACUGGAAGGAAGCUUGAGGAUAUUGUUCCUUCUUCUCACAACUGUGAUGUUCCACAUGUUAAUCGUGUUGAGUAUCAGCUGAUUGACAUUUCUGAAGAUGGAUUUGUCAGCCUUUUGACUGAGACUGGCAGCACUAAGGAUGACACCAGGCUUCCCACUGAUGAAGCUCUGCAAGCCCAGAUCAAGAGUGGAUAUGAUGAAGGAAAGGACAUCCUCCUGACCGUGAUGUCUGCCAUGGGUGAGGAACAGAUCUGUGCUGUCAAGGAGAUUGGGGGCAAGAACUAA